AUGACAAUUUCUAUCGAAAUGUGUUGGAGAUCGACUGUGCUGACCUACACCCACCACAUUGACCUAGGUGUUGUUGUGUUCGUUGUGGGGGUCGCAGUCGGUGAGCUCACCGCUCAACUGAAUAUCUCCCUGGAAAAAGCUGCCGCUGUUAAGCGUCUACUGGUUUCUGUCCAGCUCCGACUUGAGUCUCUGAAGACUCUUCUCAACAAGCCGGAAUUCAAGCGGAGAUCAAGCGCCUCAAGUCAGCGAACGUUCGCAUUUGGCUCCCUUCUCGAAAAGGGUAAGGAGUCAAUGGACAUUCAGACGGUGAACCUUAGGCCCGCCAUGAAUUACGCCGAGCAGAAGCAAGCCAUCAUCGACGCCUUGGUCAAGCAGAUUAAGAAGGAACGCGAGGUCUUCAUGACGACGGUCAGUCCGAACAUUGAGAACACUCGCAAGCUCCAUGACCUGCUGCUCAAGGCUACGUGGGGUACCUGGGUUGAUGCUGACACUGCUGCGCUGAUCGCCGAUCUAAAAGACCGCCUUCGAGCUGCCGAGAUCGACCUUUCAACACUCGGCCUUGACCAAGACCACUCCAGCAGUUCCGACAAGAGGCUGGCAACCAGGAAGACCCGUUUUGCCCUUGCUGAAGCUCUGGCCAAGACUGCUCAACAAGUUCAGAGUAGUGCUUCCAAGCGUAGUCACCAUGGAAGCGACGAUGGCAGCUCCGAUGAUUCCUCUGAAGAGAAUACUCCAAUUCCAUCUGGUCAAGCUAGCAGAGCAGGGUCUGCAGCCGAUGCUGGCGGAAGAUUGGCUACGGCUGCUUCAAGUCCAACUCCCAGUCGCCGAGGUUUCCACAUGCCAAAGGCUUGGAAAAACAAGCCCAAGUCCAAGCGUCAGAAAACGGCCUCGCACUCGCUGGCAUCCGCUCGUUCGCGCUCCAGCCUGGCUUCUCGCCGCUCGACGUCUCGAUCUCGUUCGCAUUCUGUGUCACGCCGUCCGGCCAAGUCUAAGUCUCCCGCAUCUCCACCGUCCGCUCCUGCUGCUCCUCCCAAGGCUGAGCCGUCGAAGGACGACCAACCUCCUGUAGUUGUGGACUUAACGCAGGAUGGGAGUGACGAGGACAUGGAAGAGGAACCGACUGCAGUUCCGACGGAACCCGAUGACGCGGAGGUGACUCCCCAAGCUUCACCGACUCCACUGGCAUCUCUCCAACGCAGCAACGUGGCUUCUCCACCGUCGCUUCCUUCUUGGACAUCGGCUGUUGCCUCCCCAUGGGCACCUACCUCUUACGUGCUCGAAAUGGAAUAUGGUUCUCGUGACGACGAACCUUCGUUCGAUUUUCGUUCUGAUGAUACUGCUGGUGGAGAAGAUAUUCCGCCGCCGACCGACGUUUCUCGAGCAUCUGCUGCUGUCGAGGGCUCUAUUACCGGUGUUCCGACGACUUCUUCCCCGGGAACUUCCCGAAGCCCCAAGUCAUCUCCUCCGGUCAUUGAUUCCGCGUCCAGUGAAGCCUCGUCCAGGGCGCCUCAAGCUUCGUCUCCAAUGUCAAGAGCUCUCACGAGUCCAACGACUCCUCGUCGUCACCAUCCGCCUCCGGGGUCUGCACAGAGCCAGGCCUUGCUUCUUCCUCAGGAGGCUGGUCCCGGGCAAGUAAUCGUGGCUACGUACACUUCUCGCCGCCGGCGUGGUGAUCCUGACCGUCCAGUGCCACUGCCGAUGACUCACCACGCAGUCCGUGGCACCCGGCCCGCAGUGUUACCGUCGGCGAGCUUUCCUCGACGGGAUCGCCCAUUCCUCGAUCUCAAGUUCCUCGAUUAA